AGUUAGGAAAAGCACCAGCAUCCACCUCGCUGUCGGCAACAGAAAUUAGAGCACGGCGCACGGAAGAAGCCAUGGAUGCUGUAAUCAGGACCCGGAGCCGGGCUGCAUACAUUUGUCGCAGCUGCACCCGGCGUUUCCGUUUCCAGAGGCAGCUGCGGCGCACCUACGCGAGCGCAGCCGCGCAGCCCGACAUCUACGAUGUGGUGUGCGUGGGCGGCGGUCCCGCCGGUCUCAGUCUCCUGACGGCGCUGCGCGCGAACCCCGUCACUGCGCACCUCCGAGUUGCUCUCGUGGAAGCCCAGGACCUGGCCAAGGUCAGGUCGUGGAAGCUGCCCCCGGACAGGUUCUCCAACCGAUGCAGCUCGCUCACCCCGUCGUCUGCGCUCUUUCUCGACCAGAUUGGCGCCUGGCGACACCUCGAGCGCGACCGCGUCCAGGCAUACCACGAGAUGCAGGUGUGGGAUGGCGUGACCGGCGCGAGGAUCGAGUUCGACUGGGCUCCCGGUGCGGCGCCACCCGCCGGGACCACGAUCGCCUACAUGAAUGAGAACCUGAACCUCACCUCCGGCCUGCUGAAGCGGCUAGAGGAGCUGGGCGGCGUGUCCGUGUUCGACAACGCGAGGGUCGAGAGGAUAACCUACGGCGAGGAGACGGACGAGAUGGACUUGCGCGAGUGGCCGGUGGUGCACCUGGCUGGCGGCAAGCAGCUCUCUGCCCGGCUCCUCGUCGGUGCCGACGGCGCAAACAGCCCGGUGCGCUCCUUCGCCGGCAUCGAAGCCCGCGGCUGGGACUACAACCGUCACGGCGUUGUUGCCACCCUCGAGAUGGAAGGGGACGGCUGGGGCGGAGAGGGCACCAAGAUCGCCUAUCAGAGAUUCCUUCCGACGGGGCCCGUUGCCAUGCUUCCGCUGCCGGGGAAUUAUUCCACCCUUGUCUGGUCGACGACGCCCAGCAAUGCCUCGCUCCUGAAGAGCCUCUCGGCCAGGGACUUCGUUGCCAUGGUGAACGCUGCCUUUCGGCUGAGCCCGACAGACCUGCAGUACAUGCACACGCAGGAGUCGGGACAGGCCGAGGAGUAUUCGUGGAGACUGGAACACACCCCUUUCGACUCGCGGGCGGUCCCCCAGACCGUCAUUGGUGUCCAGGACGGCACCGUCGCCUCGUUCCCCCUGAAGCUGCGGCACGCAGAUACCUACAUCGCAGAGCGCGUGGCUCUCGUCGGCGACGCCGCCCACACCAUCCAUCCGCUCGCCGGCCAGGGCCUGAACCAAGGCCAGGGCGACGUGCAGAGCCUCGUCAAGACCAUCGAAGACGCCGUCAGCCACGGGAAAGACAUCGGCGUCACCAUGUCGCUCGAGCCCUACGUCGCGGAGCGCUACGCCGCAAACCAUGUGCUUCUUGGCGUGUGCGACAAGCUCCACAAGCUCUACUCGGUUGGCAGCGGCCCUCUGGUGCCCCUGAGGUCGGUGGGCUUGGCCGCCGUCAACGCGCUGGGGCCUCUCAAGGCCUUUUUGAUGAACCAGGCCGCCGGAAACGGGAUCAAGGUCUUUUGACGGGCCUGCCCGUUCCCAAGCGCUCCACCGUGCCGCGUGGACUUGUCCUACUCGCAGCCGCCUCCUGUUGUACAGAUUUGUUUGCAUCAGAUGUAC